ACGGCGGCUUAUUCACGCGCGCGCUGCUUCCUCUUCCGGGUUGGUGCGUCACGAGGUCGGAGGUCACAGAGUUGGAAAGUGCUGGCCAUGGCGGCCUCGGAGAGACCCGAAGCAGAGGUAGAGGAGGCCGGGCAGGUCUUUCUCUUGAUGAAAAAGGAUUAUCGAAUUUCACGCAACGUGCGCCUGGCUUGGUUUCUCAAUCGUUUGCAUCAGGUCAUCUGGGCAGUGCCUGAAUCUGAACUGGUGCAUUCAGAUAAUGAGUUGGAUAUUCUCAGCAUACUUCCAAAUAGCUGGCAACCUGACGAGCCUGUUCAGCCCAGGCCAUAUCUCCUAGUGCCUUCUACACAAGUCACUUUCCUUGCGCGCCAGUACCGUUUUGUGAUUGAAUUGGAUUUGAGCCCUUCUACAGGGAUUGUGGAUGAUUCUACAGGGGAGAUCAUUUUUGAUGAAGUGUUCUAUGCCCUGUCCCGGUGUUUAGUGGGGUUGUUAAAGCCCUUUCGAAUCCCAGGCUCGGACAUUAUCUACCAACCUGAGAUCUACAUCACCAUCCAAGUAUAUUCUUCCAUCAUUGGUCUGCAGACACACCAGGUACUGUUCCAGGGUUGUCUGUUGGAUGAGACCAAAACAGAGACCUUCCUGCAGCAGGUUUAUACACGGCUGUGCACCUUUGAAAACAAAGUGGCUGAGAUGCUCCAGCAGCAGUAUGAGCCCAAAACUCAGGUGGACCUGUCCUCCCUUAACCAGGAACAUCUUUGUGACCCCCAGGAGCCCUCUGGGAGGAAACUGGGCGUCUCUAUGGUCACUGCUGACGUUGGACUUGUCACUAUGAUUCGGCAGGGGAUUCUGGCACUUCAGCUGCUGCCAUCCAACUCCAGUGCAGGGAUUAUCGUGAUCACAGAUGGUGUCACCAGUGUCCCAGAUGUAGCAGUCUGUGAGACUCUGCUCAACCAACUGCGCAGUGGGACUGUGGCCUGUUCCUUUGUUCAGGUGGGUGGAGUCUACUCUUACGAUUGCAGUUUUGGUCACGUUCCCAAUGUGGAGCUCAUGAAGUUCAUUGCCAUGGCAACAUUUGGUACAUACCUCUCCACUUGUCCUGAGGUGGAGCCUUCUGGUUUGGACCUGAAUGUCUACCACAAAGCUUUUCUGCUAUACUCCUUUCUGCGCAGCGGGGAAUCGCUGAACCCUGAGUAUUACUGUGUGUCCCAGCACAGGCUGUUCAAUGAACACCUUGUUUCCGCAAGCAGCAACCCUGCCUUGGCUAUGAGGCGGAAGAAGCAUGCGGAGAAGGAAAUAUAUGCUGAUCUUAUCAGUAUCGUCUCUGUCCGGCUGCGAGAGGGUUAUAGUAUCCGUGAGGUCAACCUCACAAAAGGUGGCACUCAGCUAGAAGUGAAGUUAGUUCUGUUGUGGAAGCACAAUAUGAGAAUUGAGUACUUGGCAGUGGCCCCAUGGCCCUUGGACCCUUCUAAACGUAAUACAUGGGUGGAAGUGACUAUGGAGGGCAGCUAUGACAUUUUGCACGACAUCAGCUGCACCAUGCGGAAACCUAUCACCAGCCUGUACCGCACAACUGUGAUACGCCGCUUCUGGAACACUUUGCAAAGCAUCAACCAAACAGACCAGAUGCUGGUUCACCUACAGUCGUUUGACAGUGCGCCAGAGCACUUCACAAUCCCUGAAAGCACUAGAAAUGGAGUGCCUCUCUUCUACCUUCCUCCAGGAUCCACAACACCGGUAUUGUCGUUGCAGCACAGCAGCUCAGACUCCUGCCACUCACAGUUUGCAGCCUAUUGGAAGCCCAUUCUGUCUAUGGAUGCCAACUUCUGGCAGAAGUGGCUGCACAUGCACCGCAUCGUAAUCCUCUUGGAGCAUGACAUGCCAGUCCCAAAGCAUUUGCACACCCCAGGCAACAACGGCCGCUACAGCACUAUUCAGUGCCGCAUCUCGCACUCGGCGCUGACUUCCUUGCUGCGUGACUGGAGUAGCUUUGUGCUUGUGGAAGGCUACUCCUACGUCAAGCUCAUGCGCAGUUCCGAGGAUCAGCCUCCUUUUUCAUUCUAUGUGGUGCGGAUCAUUUCCAAAGCUCCCUGCAUGGUCCUUCGUCUGGGGUUCCCCAUUGGGACGCUUGCUAAGAUCAGGAACAAAAUAGAAGAAGAAUUAAGAGAUCGUAUCCUUCAGCUGCGCUUCCCCCACAGAGUCCAGAGCAAAGAGGCAACGCCAAAAGUGAAGCGGAAGGCCCUUGGCAGCAGCUCCCCAUCGAAAUCUCCUCCUGUGCCUGGGGCCCAGCCAACCCUCUCAGACAGGCCUUGCCUUAUUGUGCUGCGCAAGCCUCUAGAGAAGCUCCUGAUUAGAUAUGAGAAGUUGCCCUCUGACUAUCGUGUUCCAUGCCUCCUGCCUGUAGAGAAUCCCCCCAUGUCUGGCCCUCUCACCAUGGUGGCCAACCGCACAGCUUCCUCCACCCUGGCUUCCUUGUCUCGCUACUUCUACCACCAGCGCUGGAUCUGGUGCGUGCAAUCGGGGCUGGUACCCACAGUGCCCAUCACAGCCGUGGCGCAGCUGCUGUCCACUCUCACAGAGGUUCAUCUGGCCGAGGGCUUUCGCUUUGCAUCCAGCGGCGAUGGAAUUAUCAGUAUGGUGCUGGAGUUGCCCAUGAAGAGUGACUCCUCAAGAGAGAGCGGCAGUGAGAAGCACAGCUGCAUUGUCCAAUACGUGCUGUUCCCUCCACAUUCCACUUCAACCAAAGACAGUUUCUCCACAGAUGAUGACAACGAUACAGAGGUGGAAGCUAUUGAGGUGGACAUGGAGCUGAACCUUGUUACAGAGUGCUGGGUGGAGCCACAAAGUGGCUGUGUGAAUAGUGCAUCAGACAGCUUGCGGCACUUACAUGGCCUGUCUUACCAGAAAAUUCCCAAAGCGCUUUACCCUCGAGAUCUAAUGUGCAUCCAUACCAUGCUUGCCUUUGAGUAUAUCAGCCAGCUGUGCCAGAACAAGGACUGGAUCUUCCCCGCAUGUGAUCCAAGGCCCACUACUGCCGAAGGUUGUGGUGCUGGAAGCGGCUCCCGGGUACAUGAAAUACCAUUCCACUUUGACCUCAUGAAGCUAUUGCCAAAGUGUCAGCAGAUUGAAAUGUCCUUCCUGAUGCUGACAGGAGAGGAUGAUGGGAUCGCAAAGGACUCUUCCUUCUUGCCCAAUGAAAUGCUCCUCAGCCUCUUCCAUGGCUGCCUCCAGCAUGACCUCAGCGACAGGGAGAUCAUGCUAUCUGGCACAGAUCAUGUAACCUUCAUGGAGCAGGUGCUGCAGCGGGACAGAGAUGGCCACCCACCCCCAUUUAUGCUCCCAGUGGUCCAAGAGCCUCCCAAGGCCUCUGUGCUCCCUGAACGUCGGGAUCCAACCAACACCUACCAUUCCGUUGGCAGCAAAGACAGGGCUACCUCUGCAGUUCCACACCAGGCUCCAAACAAUACAGAGGCGUCAAAAGAUGAGAUCUUACCAGCACCUGAGGACCUCUUCCCCCAGUGGCGAUGCUAUGCCAAGCUGGUAAAUCCACAGCAUCUUUUCCUCACCUUCCUACCAGCUACAUUUCCAGACAUACAGAGGUUGAUGGCUCAUGGGACAGAUAAAUCUUCCAAAGAGCAGGAACCAACACUUUCCCAAGGAGAAAAGGAGCUGGAGACUGCAGGGGUGCUUCCAACCGUCAGUGUUACACCAGCCAAUGAAAUUGGCCAGGACUCGGGAGACCCAGACACAGUGCCAAGAAGAGAAGGGCGUAUCUCCUUCAGCCGCCAGACAUCUCAGCUUGACCUGGGCGAGAGCUGCCGAGCCCGCUGCCCUGUCUAUGUCUACAGCUGCUCCUUGGAGCUGCUGCGGGAACAGAUGAUCAGCCCCAGGGUAGAUAAGCCUCUGCGGGACAUCUUUUUCAGAAGCCAGUCAGUGGAGCGCCCCACCAGCACUCCCUGGCUAGAUGCCAAGCACAAGGAAUUGCUGAGUUUCUGUACCUUGCUGCAAGAGCAUUCCCAUCAGUGCUAUGUGAAAGGGCUGUUCCAGAGCCUACAACAGGGUCACAGCAUUAGCUGCCCCGAUCUGCUCAUAGCCAUGGAUUACUGUGAGGAGCUCUUGCAGGAGAUAGACAUCACAAGCUUUCUGCUUACUCUGUGCAACCACGUGCGGUCCUUCUGUGAGCGCCAUCAGCACCUGCCCACCAACUUGGAAGGGGAAUUGACGCAGGCCCCCCGAGCGCGGGGUGUGCUAGUCUCUGUUUCCAGUGCUGAGACGGAGGAUUUUAGUGAGCCAGAGUCCCAUGUUUCGGCCUGCCCUCCCCAAGAACCCAACCCCAGCUGCUGUUCAGAGUUCCCCCUCUCUCUGCUAAAGAGCAGCCAGCCUUGCCAGGCGCACCCCGACUUGCACAGGAUCAUCCAGGAAAAGUUCUUGGAGAUUGGCAGCUUGCAUUUCAAGCCCGUGCCGUCCAAUCCUCAUUAUUACUUCUACUGCCCCCCUUCUGCCAAAAAAGAGGAGGAGACCUCUCGGGACCAUACAGAUAGGAAAGGUAGUGAAGACAUGGAAAGUUCAGAAACUGAUCUGGUGGCGGAUGAAGGCAAUGCAUCCGGCUAUGGCAUUGGGACAGAGAGUGACCCCGAACUGGAAGUAGAGUAUCGGGAACGGCUGGACCACGAAUUUCUAGAAGCCGACUCUCUGUCUGACUCCAACACUGUUAACCAGGACGAGGACUCCUUCAGCGUGCUGGGAGACUCUCUGGCAGAGCAAGAGCUGCUGGAACAGGACAUGCCACCGCUCUUUGUGCACAUGACGUGCUCUGUGAAGCUGCGCAGCCAGCACAGUUCCAUGCCUGUUCGCUCGCUGCCCACCUGCCUAGGGGAGGUACUGGGCUGCUUUGAGAGCUGCAAGGCGCUGCACACCAUUGACCUCUCGGACCUGUGUGUGACCCUCGACAUUUUUGUUCUGACCCUCCCCCUGGAAAUCGAAACGGUGAACGAUCUGCAUCACAAUAGGUACACCUCUGAGAGUAGCGUCUCCUUCACCCGUUCCCCAGGGCGGCCCUCCUCCUUCCGCUCCGAUGAGGAGCUUAUGCACACCUUGGACAGGUUGCCCUCCACUGUGGACAAUGGGCACCCGGCACUUUCCAAUCUUCCUGGAGUGCACAGACAAGCCGUUGAAGUUACCAUGACAGAGAUCCGCUGGCUUUUGGAUGACGAGAUUGUGUCUGCAUUGCGCCAUUCACGGACAAUUACCUCUGGCACUUUGAGCCGGGUGGCUACCCAUGUUUACAGUUCUCAAGGCCGCCCAAGCUGCCACUGUGAAACAGUCCCUUUGCAGUUCGUGUUUGGGCCUGAGAGCUCUCUGGAAAAGUUUCGUGAGGAGUUCCAGAGAAUAGCCCUACCUGGCUAUGUGCUCAAUGCUGAAGACAGUGAUUUCUACUAUGUUUCCAUCAGUCGCCUACAUGCCCCCAAAGGUGGGCCUAGCCCCACAGUAACGCUUGAGAGCACCAUGACUGGAGGCAGGUGUGAAAGCAGCAUUAAAACAGAAGGCUCUUUGCCCUGCUCCACUCCCCCCGAGGAGGCCCAUGGUCUCUGGGCAUGGCCAGCAAGUGAGAACAAGCAGGAGACGGAAGAAUUCCUGGACUUGUCAGAUGAAGUUCCACAGCCAGAUCAAGCCCAUGCUUCGGAGUGUGGCUCCUUGGAUGAGGAAGCUUCCGUGACCCAGCCACAGCCUCUCCCGUGCUCCUUGGAGAAGUGGAACAGUGAGAAAUCUCCCUUAGCAACACCAUCUGUAGCGAGCCUGGCAGACUCUGUGACUCCAGGCUGUGGGAAGCAGCGUCCCAGUCGGGUACAGAGCCUGGUAUCGAGCCAGGGCAGUAUGGAUUCCGAUCUCCUAGGCUAUGAUGGCGGGAGCAGUGAUUCCGAAUGCGAGGAGGCAAUAAUGAGUGACCUGGAACCCAAGUGCCCUCUCAUGCCUGAUUUCUGGCUGAUUGUCAAAAUCCACCAGGACCGGGUGGAAGUCUAUUCCCACACACGCAGCUUGAGUGCGGUGAAAGCAACGCAGAAUGAGGAAGGGGAAUGUGGGCAUCUUCACCAUACAGUGGUAAAGAAAGUUGGUGAAAUCUGCCGCCUUGUUAAUCAGCGGCUGCUGCUACAGGACCUGCAUGACAGUCAUAAUUGCAAUUCCCUGCUCGUUGCUGAGAGCGAGGAGGAUAUCUGGAAAAGUGAAACGCCGUACACCUACCGGCAGCGCACUGGGCCUGAUGACUACCCCGGAGAGGAGAGCUACCAGCCCCAUGACUAUCUUGCGGCCACCAUGCAGUUCAUACCCGGACACUUUGCUUGCGAUGCGGUCUGGAGCACCACCAUCCAUGUGCAUUCACGACUCAAGAUGGGUCCCAAUAUGGGUGUUGCACGCGCCAUCCAGGCCCUGCGUUCUGUCCUCAAUGCUUUCUCAGUUGUGAACAGGAAGAAUAUGUUUGUUUACCAGGAGCGCUCAACCAAGUCUGUUUUCUAUUUACGACUCUCUGAGACCACUUCCAGUGGGAAGGGUGGGGAAGCUGAAGCCCAGAGCCUUUCAUGCCGUUCACUGGCCCUUUCGCGCAGCCAGGAGCCCAUAUACAUGGAGGACCUGAGCGGCUCUCGCUCCUCUUUAGAGACGGCCUCUUGCCGCAGUGUGGACUCGGCCCGCCCGGUGAGCCAAGUGGACAGGCAUAUCCAGCUGGUGGUUCAUGGAGUUGCACCGGCAGGACCUGAGAUCACAGAUGAGCUAGUGAAGGUUCUACGCAGGCGCCUCGAUGAGGCCACCCUGGACAUCAUCACAGUUAUGCUUGUGCGGAACUGCAAGCUCACCCCUGCUGAUGUGGAGUUCAUACAGCCUCCAGGAAGCCCACCUACUGAAGUGCUGCAGUUCACUCUGCCCCCGUCGUGCCUGCCCUGGCUCCCGGCCAUAGCCUGCUACCUGCGUCAGAACCUGCUGAUCUUCCUGCACACACCCAAGUACACAGACAGCAACGUUGAGAACCACUUCAAGCACUAUUUCCACCAGAGUAGCAGCAGCAGCAGCCAUGACCUGGAUCUCUAUCUGUACAACAAGCCUGGAGGCCAGGGCACUGGUGGCAAAGGCAUUGCAUGCAUUGCCCUAUCCUUUGUGGACAACCGUGGAAAUCCCAUCUCAUUGACUCGCUGGGUGAGACCACCCACUGCAUUGCUGAGCACAUCCUUUCUCCAGGAGGCAGAUUUCGAGAGCUUGACAGCUGUCACUAAACACCAGGCUGAGCCUGGCACGUCACAACCAGCACUCUGUCCUCUGGUGCGCCUGGACAUUUGGGAGAAGGGCAACAUCAGCCUGCUGCAGCUCUCCGAAAGGCUGCGCAGUGCUCUGCGCCAUGCCCUCUGUGACGCCCUCAUGGAAUUCCGUGUGCUGCCCAACCCACUGUGUGUCGAUCCAUCUGCUGAGCCAGAGUUUCCAGGGAGCGUUGGAAGCCUGCGCCGGACGAUGUCAGAAACAAAAGGGUUGACGCCGCCUGGCAGACGCCGAGGAGCGUGUCCACCUGCCCCGCAUUUCACUGUGUCCACUGCAGCUGCUGGUGAGCCGGUCACACCCACCAACAAGUUGGGGAGACGAAGCUUCUGGGACAUGCGGAGCAAACCAGAGGCGGUGGAGCAAGGGAGCCCCAAGACCACAGACGACAUAGUGCUGGAGCGGCCUGAAGAGAGCCGAACCCGCCGCCGCCACAAGACAGAGAGUGUGAAGCAGCCCUCGAGCCACGAACGUGUUGCGGCAGCUUCUGAGCAGGGGCAGGCCCAGAGGCGCCGGACCUGCCAGCUAGAGGAAGGGGAUGUUGGAACCCUGCACCCAAUUUUCAGCCAGACCUGCCAGUCCUGGAUGGCAUUCAUGAACCGCCUGGGGUGUCCCUCAGUGCAACAAUGUGCCACAGAAAGUGUGUCCCGCUUCCUACUCCCCUCCAUCAUGCUUGAGGUAGUGAACCUAGUCACUACUUUGGCAAAUGACACCACUGUCAAAGUGUUUGAAAAAGUCAGUGGUCCCCAAGGGGUGUCCUUUGUGCCACAUUCCCUGGCACCAAGCACCAGCACUCGGCCAGCUGUCAUUCGGCACUUUGCCCUGCUUGGACGCAGCUUCCACCAGUGGCACUGCAGCACAGAGCAAGCCACCAAGGGAUUACAGCGUUUUGAGGCCACCGAGCUUGGGUCUGCAGAGAAAAGUUGUGAUGUAGCCCCCCGGCAAAGAUUCCUUUUCAUGGAGAUCAUUGACAAAAAGCUGGUGCUGCAUACUUACAACUGGUCGGUGGACCUGGGCAGUGCCCUGAGCAGCUCCCUCACCCGCUUGCUGCAGUGGCAGAAUGCCCGCGCCCAUGUGGUGCACUGCCUGAUCAGCCAGAAGCUUGGACUCUUCCAUCACUACUGCUACAUGGACACCCCAUGGCAUGAGGACAGCAAACAGGAGCAAAAUCCCUUCUUGAACUCAACACUGGAUGUGGAUCUCCUGAUCCGGAGCCCUAGCGUCCCCCCAGGCAGGGAGUCCGGUCGCCUCGGCAGCUCUGCCCGCAUCCUGCAGCCUCUGCACUUCCCUCCUGAUAUGGUGCCCUUCGACGAGGCCCUCCGAGACGUCUCAGUCAACCAGCCUACCCUUCACAGCCCAGAGAUGGCCACGCUCGAUCGAGUGGCCCAGCACGGAGCUCAGUUUCUGGAGAUCAAGAGCAUGGAGCGGAAAGAGCUGGAGAAACAGAUGAAAAUUGAGAAUCUCUUCGUGACAUGGCAACAGCGGUCUGCACAGUCCAACAUGCCCAUCACUCUUGCAGAUUUGGAAACGCUGAAGCAGUCCUCCCGCCUGGUCCAUUAUUGUGCCACGCCGUUGCUCUUCGAUCCCACCUUCCGGCAACAGAUUCAGGCUGACCAGCAGAACAAGCCGGAGGGGAAGAAGCGACACCGCUCAAAUGACUCCACGGCAUCUGGUAGGGACCGCAGCCACAGCUGUGACUCCGCAGAGGGGCUGCCAUGUCGGACAAAGGAUGAGGCCUGGUUGCUGGAGCUGUGCCACACUUUCCUGCAGCAGUACAUCCAGUACCUGCAGAGCAUGGGCUUCAUUGUGGUGCAGGUGCGCCCGCCGUCACCCACUCGCAGCACCAGCAGGAUCCGAGCGCUGGCAACAAUGGGCACUGAAGGCCGGGCCUCUUUCUCAUACACCAGGCCAAAGGCGGAGGGGAGCCCAAAGAGCGCCAGUCCUCCUGUCACCACGUACCACUUGCAAAGAGCUCUGCCUGGGGGCAUCGUGCUCAUGGAGCUAGCUUUCCAGGGCUGCUAUUUCUGUGUGAAGCAGUAUGCACUGGAGUGCUCACGAAUCCCCAUGGGGCAGACUGUCAACUCGCAGCUUUCUAUGCUCUUCACGGAGGAGUGCGACAAGGUGCGUGAUCUCAUGCAUGUGCACUCGUUCAGUUACGAUUUCCACCUGCGCAUUGUGCACCAGUACCUACUUGGAUCCCAUAUGGCGCUGCGGCAAGGCUAUCACCUCACCAGCUUUCUGGAAGACUUCAUUGCCCAGCACCCUGACAUCCCCAAGUUUGGACGCAAUCACAUCUUCCAAGGUGCGCUGACCUUGCCGACCAGCUCCAUUACAGCACACCAGCUGUACAACUAUAUAACUGACCAUGCCAGCACCUAUCAUAUGAAACCACUGCGCAUGGCCAAACCAGGAACUAGCGCUGAGGGCAAGAAGGGGACUCCCAGCCCCGAGCAAAAUGAGUAUGCCCUAGUCUCCAUCUGGAACAGCUCUGGCUCCUACAAGGAUUCGGAGGGGUUGCGUCACCACGACGACUUCGAUGUCUCCAUGCUUGUGUUCCACAAUGCUGCUCCCUUUGAGGAGCAAAGUGAGUCAGAGCGACAUAUGCUAAGGCUGCACUUCUACGUGAUCAUGACAAGCCAACGGGAGCUGUUUCCACGACUAACGGCUGACAUGCGCCGUUUCAAAAAGCUACCACGCCUGCAACGAGACACACUGGAGCCAGUUCUGGGACGUGCCGCUUGGGAGACGGCAGAGGGGGGCUGGCAGCGGAAGGAAGUGCCAGAGCCCUGGGAGGAGGUGGAGGACAGUGGGGAGUUCUAUGCAGGAGGUCCCCAGGUCAAGGUGGGCCCCGGGCUCUUCUACACAUCCCCGCUGUUCCCGCUUCUUGCCUCUGAGGUUGCUGCUGCCCAGAAGCAGCUCAGCAGCAUGGUGCAGCUUGCCAAGUGCCACUGUCGCCGAGACAACCUCUGGAAGAGGCUCUUCCUGCUCGAGCCUCUUGCCUCCGACAAGCUCAAGCUGGGCAAGCUCUCCCUCGGCGAGUUGGAGGAGCUGCUGGACGCCGUGCACAGGAAAUCGAUUGCUGACAUUGAUCCCCAGCUGAGUUGCUUCCUCACCAUGACAGUCUCCUGGUACCAGAGUCUUAUCAAGGUGCUGCUGAGCCGUUUCCCCCAGAGCUGCCGCCAUUUCCAGAAUGCAGAUGCUGGCACUCAGUACCUGGUCGUGCUGAACCAGAAAUUCACAGACUGUUUUGUGCUCGUAUUUCUCGAUUCCCAUUCAGGAAAAACGAGCCUGACUGUGGUGUUUCGAGAACCAUUCCCAGUACAGCCCCAGAACAGCGAGAGCCCCUUGCCGCAGCUGGUGUCCACGUACCACCACCUGGAAUCAGUCAUAAACACAGCUUGCUUCAAUCUAUGGACAGGGCUGCUCUAGUGUUGCUUGGCUCCUUCCACCUGGGGCACACUGCACAGGCCCAGCUGUGUCAGGGCUGGGGCAAAGAGAGCACCGUAAGUGGCAGAAGCACACAUGGGGGACCGUGGUGGGCGAUGUGAGGCUACAGCUGGCUGGGCAACAGCUUGGUUAGGACACUUUGAAGCCUGACUGAGCUGAAUAGAAUCAAGGGAGGGGGACCACUGGAGACCAGAGCACAGCACAGCCUUAAGGGGGUGGUGGUGGUAAGCACCUUCCCUAAACUACAGGAUGAGGCAUAUGGAUGGAUGUGCCACCUUCCCUUGGGCACCUUGGCGCCAGGGCUCGAAGGCUGACUUGGCCUGGCACUUCUAAGAGUGACUCACUGGAUGGGUUUUAGCGAGAGGGAACUGCACAAUGAUGGGAAUUUUAUAUAUAUAUAUGAAGUGAAUGUACGGUAAAUUAAAUAAAAUGGAUCAUUAAUUAUAACAAUAAAAAUCCUUUGUCAUACCUUUUCCCCACAAGCUGUUCAGUUUAUCCCUGGCGCGAAGCGAAGUAGUUACCCACCAGUCUGCCAGAAUGGUGUAUCUGCCAGGAUGCACUGCAGGGACCAGUGCCAGAGUCUUACUCCAGGCUUGCAUGAUGGUGCCAGAGCCUUUUCUAAGGAAGUUGGUUAUGCCUCAGAUUGAAUUGUGCCAGUCGGGUCUCCCCAUGGUUAUCCGCUGUAGUGUAAGAUCUAGAGUGUAAGUAAUUUAAGCGGCAGCAUGCAGAUAGACCCUAGAGGGCAAGAUGCCCCUUUAAAUCUAGGAAAUCUCAUCUGGGGCCACACUAAGUGGUACUAAAGAGCUAGAUCUGGAGAGGCAGGGACUUCCCUUCCUUUGUACCACACUAUUCCCCAUUCUUGUGAAAGGCAUGCCAACAUCAUUGCUUAGUGUGAUUCCAGGAAGGUGAACUUUUUCACUUUAGUGGGUCAACCCUUAUACAGUGGUACCUCGAUUUAAGUACUCAAUAGGUUCCGGGGAGCCAUGUGCUCCCCGAAAAGUACUUAAAUUGAGCACCGAUAGCGCAUGCGCGCGCCACGGAACCCAGAAGUAAACACUUCCGGGUCCGCAGAGUACUUAAACCGAAAGUACUCAAACCGAGGUAUGACUGUAACUGCAAUGAGUAAUUAAAAAAAGAGACAGGAGGAUAUAUUUCUUACUGGAAAGACUGGGCAAGAAUGCAAUCUGUUCAGGAACACAAAGUGACAGAAGCCUUUAGCCAUUCCAGGACCCUAGGAAUGCUAUUUUGUUUUAUUAGGAGGCAAAAUAUUCAGAAGAGAGACAAACAAAAGAACAUUGCCUUUCCAAGUUGGUAUGUAGUGAUUGCGCUCCACCUCUGAUGCUCUUUAUUCCAGUUUUUCAGCUGCUGAACUUAACCCUUCAGCUUCCACUAUCCAGUACACCAUGACUCUUCCAGUAUGCGUGCAGCCAGCCCAGCCCCUUCAAUGUGCCUUCUGUAAGGGAAGCCACAAGCAUCAGCAACACCAAUUUCGCACUUCAGCACCACCACCCCGCCCACAGUUUUGGCAGUUGUGAAGCGGAGGGGUUACAUCAGCAGCCUAAAAUUUCCCAGCUACAACACUUCAUUUCACACAGCAAAAUCUCCCCCCAUUCCCUUGGGAUAAUUUAAGCAGACUUGCCUUUGGGCUUGUACUCGCAUCCUACGAAGCCACUGUAACUCAUUGACUCCAGCAGCUGGAAGAGGUAAGGGAAGUUCAAUUCACCAGGGCUGUCGGGCUCAUGCCGUCCUGGUACCUGGGCAAACUGAACAUGUCCUGCAGAGAAAGAAGGUGCAAAUGAAGGACUAGGCAUAGGGGUCUUACUGGAACUAUUUUGUAACUACAGCAGCACCUGCCCCUUUGCUUAGGAACAACCCCUGCAAGGGAUCCCAGUUUUGAAGCCAUACUAGGGAGCAACUGUACCUUUCCUGUCUUACCAAUAAUUGGGAAAUACUUUUCCAAGUUCUGAGUCAGGUUACCAUCCAUGAUCUGGCAGUGGAAAAUGUCCUGUGGAGUAAACAUAAGAAGGCACAGUCUAGCUGCCGUCCAGAGGCUGGACUAGGCCUCCCAUCAGCCCCAGCGAAAAUGGCCAAUGGGCGGGGGGGGGGGAUCUGGAGGGCACUAGGUUGGGGAUGCCUGCUGUUCAGCCUCUCUCAUCCCUCUGGUGGGCCUCUUGUUGCAGCAACCAGUGUAAUAGGUCCUCUAAGCCCAACACCCACUUCUAUGGCUGAGGCCAGGUUUUCCUUAGUGACACUCACCAGCUGCAGCUUCAGGCUGGGGCUUCCCACCUUCUUCAAAAUGGCAGCAGCUGAAGAAAAAUGGAGAUUCACAAUAUCACAACUGAUUCCGGGAAGGGGGGGGAGCCAUUUCCUCCUGUGCAUCGUGCAGUCCCACAGCCCAUUCUCCAGCAACUUCUAGAACAUGAGUGGCGAACCUGUGGCCCUUCAGAUGUUGCUGUAUUCAAUCUUCUAUUGGCCCCAGUCAGCGUGGCCAGAGGUGAGGGAUAAAGAGUUGUAGUUCAGCAACAUCUAGGGAGUCACAGGUUUCCCACCCUUGCUUUAGAAUUGUGUACCCAAAACUUGGAGCUCUUGCUGCUUUUGAACUGCAAUUCCCAUCGUCCCUGACCUGCUAGCUAGGGAUGAUGGGCGUUGUAGUCCAAAAACAGCUGGAGACCCAAGUUUGGGAAACGCUGCUUUAGAAGGACAAUUCCCUAUCUGUGGAGAAGGGAGGAGUCUUAGGCCAUGGCCUACCUUGCUCUGGAGUAGUCAAGAAGUAACGGGGAUCAGUAAUCCGGCUAUUUAUAGGCUCCAAUAAUCCAAUGAUCUUUUCCUGUAAUACCAGAGCAAGGAAAUAGAAGAAUAGCCACUCAGUGCCUUAGGCUAGCAAGCGAAGGAAAGUGUCGCUGCUGGGCAGCUCACCUCUUCUAUAUUAUUUCUUGUCACUGGCCAGUUUUUUAACCGCUGCCACCAUCACCCAACCACUGCCACCAGUGCCCAAUCACUCCUGUUUUCAUUAACAUUCUUCUGUGUGCCCUCCUGCCAGGGCUGACUAAUAACUGGGGUGGAGCUUCUUUAAGCAGGUCUUGCUAACACUUUGCCUCUCUGGAGCUGGAGCUCAGGAAAGUGUCUCACCACCAAAUGAAAUCACUGUUGAAUAGGCAUCUCACCCUUCUGAUGAAGCAGUGCAGAUUGCUGCUUAACAGGCAUCUACCCAGCCCCUACCUGAGCCAGGAUGUCAGCAGCAUAUCUGAGGUUCUCAAUGAAGGUGGCUUCCAUCUCUGCUGACACUUCCUCCCUCUUGGCACCCAAAGGAAUUCGCCCGGCCAUAAUGUGGAUCCUGUAAGCAAAAGGCUGGAUCAGGAUGGAAGAGGGACAAAAGCAGUGGUGCUGACGGCUUUCUGCCCUCGAGGCAUCCACGUUGCUGAUAUGAUGCUACUGAAGUGAAAGCUGUCUCAUGCCCGCUUUAAUUUUCCCCUGAGGAGCUGCACUGACCCACAAAGCCACCUCCAGCACUCAGCAAUCAACACACACUGCUACAUCAGGGUUUCAGCUGGGAUUAGCUAACACCUGCAACAUGUAGUAGGAAUGACAGGAAUGUCUCUAUCAAAAUCAUACAAACUAUACUCUGUUAUUUACCAUGAGCUCACCUAGCUUGGCAUAGAUUAUGAGCUCACAAACAGCACCCACAGGCCAGAUAUGCAAAAUCACUAUAGGCAGACUGACAGAACCUUAGUAGUAUUUGAUCGCCAUGUUGGACACACACACAAUCAGUUGGGUAGGAAUGAUGGUGUGCUUUCACAAUUUCCAUGCAUGUGUUGCUUGAGAAUGAAUGGGAUUUCUAACUAAUUGGUGGUAUCUAACUACUAAAAUCAUACUCAGAGUGAACCCACUAAAAUAACUGAACUUGCAUUAGUUAUGACUAGUUUAUGUCUGCUUGGUUUCAGUGUGUCUGUUUUACAGUUUAGCAAAAUAUCACACAGUGUUGCAGAGUACGAUUGCAAAAACAGACUGGAGUUAAUUUUCCAAGUUAAAAGGGCAUGGUCUUACACAAAAAUAGCCAGCUGCACCACUUUGUUCUGCUUUCUUCGUGUAAUCCAAAGCGCAAUGCAAAAUUGGUAUUGCUGGUGAGCUUUUGGAAAUGUCCUAACAUCUGUCACUCAUUACUAGCCUAUGUUUUCUCUCCCUCCGCACUCAGAGGUGAGGUGUCUCAUUCUGUUGGACAGCAGAGACUGCAAGCAACACUUCCAUGCUCAGUAAUGCACCUAAGUGGGGCUGCCUGGGUUGGUUCAUCCCUUUGAUGUGGUUACUCAUUUGAAACUCUGUUGACUACACUGCUAAACAUCCCAUACAGAAGUUCAUGCCCGCUUGAGAUGAACAUUGGAAAUUACUUUAUAUUGUUAGGCUACUAGUCUGUCUAGCUCAGCAUUGUCUACACCAGCCUUCCUCAACCUUGGGUCCCCAGAAGUCAUUAAACUACAACUCCCAUUGUCCUUGACCACUGGCCAUUGCUGGCUAGGAGUGAUGGGAGGUGUAGUCCAACAAGCUCUAGGGACCCAAGGCUGAGAAAGGCUGAUCUACAGUGAUUUGCAGCAGCUCUCCAGGGUUUAAGGCAGGUGUCUCUCGGCACUACCUGAAGACGCCCGGGAUGGAACAUUAGACCACCUGCAUGCAAAGCACAUAAUUGUAGUGUUGGAAGAGACCCUGAGUAUCAUCUAGCCCAGGCAUUCCCAAACUUCGGCCCUCCAGAUGUGUUGGACUACAAUUCCCAUCUUCCCCAACCACUAGUCCUGUUAGCUAGGGAUCGUGGGAGUUGUAGGCCAAAACAUCUGGAGGGCCGCAGUUUGGGGAUGCCUGAUCUAGCCCAACCCCUUGCAAUGCAAGAAUAUGCAUUUGCUCUUAUCACUGAGCUAUGGCUCCUCCCCCAAUGGGUUUGCCUUGAGAGUGAUAGACCGGCUGCUUCAUGUCUAAAGAUGCCACUGUGUUCAGAAAAUAAAAGCCUUUAAAAUGGAAAAUGUGUUCUUAUUACACUUGUCUUUUAACUAGUGAAUGAAUAAGCAAGAUUUUAAAACAAAACCACUCCAGGCAGAAAAGUAGCUAGUUUUACCAAAUGUGCCAGUCUCAGCACCAGGGCUAGGGAUGCCCUAAAUGGGAGAGAAUGU